AUGAGUAGUCCCUCUAAUAUUCAGCAAUCCUAUACUAUCUGGUCUCCCCAGGACACUGUAAAGGAUGUCGCGGAUUCGCUAGGAAUUGAUACAAUUAGUGAUGAUGUACUGAAAUCAUUAGCGAUGGAUGUUGAAUAUCGUAUUUUAGAGAUUAUUGAACAAGCUGUAAAAUUCAAAAGGCAUACUAAGAGAGACGUGCUUACAACUGACGACGUCUCGAAAGCACUGAGAGUUUUAAACGUGGAGCCGUUAUAUGGAUAUCAUGACGGGUCUGCGAUGGAUAAAGAUGUUUCCUUUAGUAAGAUAAAUACAUCAGGUGGACAGACAGUGUACUAUUUAAAUGACGAAGAAGUUGAUUUUGAUAAACUCAUAAACGAACCAUUGCCACAGGUCCCUCGCUUACCUACCUUCACUACGCAUUGGUUAGCGGUGGAAGGUGUUCAACCAGCUAUUAUUCAGAAUCCAAAUUUAAAUGAUGUUAGAAUAUCUCAACCACCCACCGUGAGGGGAGCUAUUGUUACAGCACUGAACGAUAACUCUUUACAAACAUCUUCUACCGGAUCAGCCACGCUGGCUUUAGAUGAAGAGAAAGAGGCACAACACUUAUCGUCUGUGAAGCCAGGACAAAAUAUCGAAGUGAAACCGCUUGUGAAACAUGUGCUUUCCAAAGAAUUGCAAAUUUAUUUCAAUAGAGUCAUUGAGGCGCUCACUACAAAAAAUCAAGAUGAUGCCGAUGCACAGCACAUGAAAGCGGCAGCUUUGACAUCUCUACGAACAGACAGUGGGUUACACCAGUUGGUUCCUUACUUCAUCCAAUUCAUUGCCGAACAAAUAACUCACAAUCUUUCAGAUUUGAAUCUUCUUACCAUAAUACUUGAAAUGAUUUAUUCCUUAUUGAGUAAUGAAUCCAUUUUUUUGGAUCCUUAUAUUCAUUCACUGAUGCCCUCAAUACUUACGUUGUUGUUAGCUAAAAAGCUUGGAGGGUCCCCCACAAGUGAUUCUCCAGCUGAGUAUCAUGAGUUUCUAGAAAAAACCAAUGCUUUGCGCGACUUUGCAGCCUCUUUACUGGAGUAUGUUUUGAAGAAAUUACCACAGAUCUACAAAUCUUUGAAGCCCCGUGUAACCAGAACUUUACUGAAAACAUUUUUGGAUACAAACCGUGUCUUUGGUACAUACUAUGGAUGCCUAAAGGGUGUGUCAGUUUUAGAAUCCGAGUCAAUUAGAUUCUUCUUAGGAAAUUUAUACAAUUGGUCAAGAUUAGUCUUUAAUGAGCAGAACUUUACCUUAGAGUCGGUUUCAGAGAAUAAAAGUACAAAAUUUACCCCUGAGGAGACAGCAUUUUUGGUGGAUACUAUACUGUCAGCUUUACGUGUUCUUAAGGCUGACUUACCAGAAAUAUCUCAAGGUAAAAAUCAGAACAUAACAGAGGAUGAUAAAAGUAAAUUGGUUAGUAGAUGCGGUGUCACUGUUGCAAGUCACAUUUUGAAAUGUGACGAUGCGAGAGAACUGAUAGAUGCUAUUUUUCUAGGAGAAUAA